AGGAAGCGCCUCCACUACCAAGUGAUUUGCCAGUUUUAAGAAAAGUGAAGUAAGGCCGAAGUUAAAUCGAAGGAUUUGAUCGAAGACAUCCGCAAGUUUAGUGUGAAAUCUAUGUGCGACCUACCUCGAAUGUGGUUUGAUACUAAAGAACCAAGUGAAAAACAUGUUUUCGUUCAUGCACUAAAUGUAGCAGUAUAGCCAGUUAACGAAAACAUCAAGAAACGUGCCAGGCCAUGGCCCAGGGCAGUGAGGUCCAGUACGAGCCGGUGGCAGAGAUCGGAGGCGGUGCGUACGGGACGGUGUACAAAGCUCGGGACCUGGAGAGCGGCCAGUUUGUAGCUCUGAAGAUCGUUCGCGUCCAGACGGACCAAGAUGGCCUCCCCAUCUCCACAGUCAGAGAGGUGGCCCUGCUGAAGAGACUGGAGCAGUUUGACCAUCCCAACGUGGUCAAACUCAUGGACGUGUGUGCCACCCUGAGGACGGAUCAGGAGACUAAAGUCACCCUGGUGUUUGAGCACGUGGACCAGGACCUUAAGACCUACCUUGCGAAGGCCCCCGCCCCAGGACUGCCCUCCAGCUGCAUCCAAGACCUGAUGCGUCAGUUGCUGUGUGGCCUGGCGUUCCUCCACUCGAACUGCGUGGUGCACCGGGACCUGAAGCCAGAGAACAUCCUGGUCACCAGCCGUGGUCAGGUGAAGCUCGCCGACUUUGGACUGGCAAGGAUCUACAGCUACCACAUGGCCCUCACUCCUGUGGUGGUGACUCUGUGGUACAGGCCUCCUGAGGUCUUGCUCCAGUCCACCUAUGCCACGCCUGUGGACAUCUGGAGCACGGGCUGCAUCUUUGCUGAGAUGUUCCGACGCAAACCAUUGUUCUGUGGAGACUCUGAAGUGGACCAACUGGGAAAGAUAUUCAAUGUGAUUGGCCUGCCACCUGAGGAGGAGUGGCCUGCUGAUGUCACCCUCUCACGACACAACUUCAGUCCUAUCAGCCCCCGCCCAAUCACCGACUACGCUCCAGAGAUCAAUAAACAGGGGACAGAGUUGCUGCUGAAAAUGCUAACUUUUGACCCUCUAAGAAGAAUCUCUGCCCUGAAUGCUCUAGAACAUCCUUACUUCCAGGAGAAUGAUGAAGUGACAAAUGGUUGAAAUGCAGUUAAUGACAUGGAAGGACAGUACCAUGAGGAAUGGUAACCCUGACUCCAUUUGUGUAAUUGUCAUUCAGUGCAUUUCAGGCCAGGUUCCUGUUGUGGGUCCUUUUAUCUUACUACACAAGCUAGUCACACCCAGUGGACCACCUGGAGAAUGUAAGGAGAGAAGUGGGGUUUUAGGACCAAUAUGGAUAUGAACCUGAAGAGGGAUUGACUCGUUCAUUCCCCAAGUGAAAUGUGCACCCAUACAUACAACACGGAAUAACUGUCCCGAGUCAUUAAUAUUAUAGCUUAAUGUAUUUUUGUAAAUUCACACAUGAACACAGUAGCGAAGUGGCAUUUGUUGAACAGGUUUACAGGCCAAAUGUAUUUUUCUGUACCAAGCAUCCCUCCCAAUGUAUCAGUGUUGCAAAGACUAAUAAAGCUGCUACAAUCAACUAACAGGCAUUUCUAACUACAUUUUAUAUUCAAUGUUAAUGGAAAAUGCAUUUUCUAUCCCUUUUCAAUUUCUAGGUUAAUUCAAAGUGUGUAAAUGUCUUGUCUUAUUACAAAUUCAGAGAAGUGAAUGAAAUGACUAAACAAACCAGGCUCCUGAAUCAUGACAUUUAAUAGGAAAAACGUGCUGCACAAAAAAUAAACCUUAAGGUUAAGCAGGCAAUCAAGUCCACAGUAAGAACGUUGAGUCCCAAAUGGCAUCCCGUUCCGUAUAUAGUGCACUACUUAAAAGCAGUCCACUAUAUAGGGAGCCAUUUGGGUGAAAAGCAACAGGAAGCUGAGACUGCCAUAAUCUAGAACAUGAGUCAUUCUGUCAAUCAUGGACAAACUUUAGGGUCAAAACCUUGAGUCAGGACGUAUAGUGGCAGUCUCACAGCCGUCGGAAGUGCCACAUCACUAAUAUACUAACUCUGACAACCCAUUGCUGUGCAACCAAAGGCUUUUAGCAGAGUUACCAUUAAGGGCAAUACUUAAUAAAACUCAUUCCUCAACUCUUUGCUCAGUUUUAAGAUGCUGCAAAUUGACAAUUAUUGUGAACAGUCACUGGUAUGCUAAGUAUUUAAAAGCUACAGGCACAUCCCUAGUUUUAAACUUCUUUCAAGAUUGCAUCAAUUAGGCCAUAGCAAAUGAUUUCCUCCAAUGACAGGCAAAUAAAUAAAAUCUGGCAAAGUGCCACUAGGAAAACACUUUCAGGUUAAUUACAAAAUAGAUAAAGUGGAAACAAAAAUGCACAGAAAAGGAUCAGAUGGUUCAGUGUCAACAUAUGAAGGCAGGUAGUGGAACACCACUUAAGCUAGAUCAUCCAAAAACUGUGCUGCCCAUUGCUUUGUGCUGUAGUUCUACAUUUUCCCUUAAUUGUAUAUUCCUAAUCAAAGCGUUAAAUUCAUUUUAAUUCUCCAGACUACAGUUUGUCUCAACUUUUGAGACUGGCUGCACUUAUUUUAUGAAGGAGUGUGUGACAACUAUCAACACUGGCAAACAUGUUUUGUUCAUUCAUUAAAUAUGUUAAAAUGUCCUAGCUCUAUGUCUAGAGACAAUUGAGGUGAGGGUGGUGCAUAUCAGGACAGGCCAAGGAGAGAUGUGAGAAAAACAUGUUGCAUUUCCCAUAGCAUCUCCACAAAGGCAUUAUCUCCAGUAUUAACUCUGGUGGUCCAGAUGAAUUGUUUAAUGACAACUUUUACUCAGUGUCAAAGCCCUCUAGUGUCCAUAGUACCACAAACAAAACAAAUGUAAUAUUAUACAGGAGCAAAUGCAUGUGUUGAAUAAAGUGCUAUGUGGAUAGAUGGGGGGGUUAACUGAAUUACGCCUACGUUUUUAUUGUCUGAACUCCAUUAAAGUGCUUAAUGUUUUAGCUCAAAAGGAAGAGAAAUGUCUCUAUAGACUAUCCAAUUCAGUAUCCCCUCUUAAUCAAUAGUUUGGCACAAAAUCUAAUUCCCACCCAAGGCACUAACAUGACAUGAUCUAUAAGGCACCGCUUUCUUUGUCAAGAAAUAUUGAUGGCCACACCGCACCCAAUGACAUCUUGUUAAAAAUCAACAGAAGCUACACAGAAGUCUACUAUGUAAAAUCGUCACAAUUGCAACAUUUUGUGGCAUAGACAAAACCCUUAAAUUAUAAAAGAUUUUUCUUGGUUAAAAAAAUAUCAAUUCUGUGUAUGCCAUCACACACAGUGCUAUGCUGGUAGUUGGUGCACAGGGUGCUGCGUCUGUGUAGUCUACCCACAUCAUGGACAGACAGGGAUAGGGGUCUCUGAAUGGGGUCGUUCUCAACUGGUUUGGUACCAGGGACUAGUGAGCACAGGCUCAUAUUCAUUAGAGCACACCGUAGCAAAACGUAGAAUGGAAAAUAAAAACUUUCUUAUUGGAAAAGUGCAGGUCCCUCCUUGUUUCUGUACAUGUUCUUCUGUUUGGUGCCUAAUGAACAUGAACCAGAUAUACCUCUGGAGAAAUGUGUUGUUUAAAACUUCUAAUUAAGAACAAAGUAAAUAAGUAUUAGCAUCUGAGGGAGUG